CGGACGGGACUCUAAGAUGAAGUUAUGGGAUGUCGUGGCUGUCUGCCUGGUGCUGCUCCACACCGCGUCCGCCUUCCCGCUGCCCGCCGGUAAGAGGCCUCCCGAGGCGCCCGCCGAAGACCGCUCCCUCGGCCGCCGCCGCGCGCCCUUCGCGCCGAGCAGUGACUCAAAUAUGCCAGAGGAUUAUCCUGAUCAGUUUGAUGAUGUCAUGGAUUUUAUACAAGCCACCGUUAGAAGACUGAAAAGGUCACCAGAGAAACAAAUGGCCGUGCUUCCUCGCAGAGAGCGGCACCGACAGGCUGCAGCCGCCAGCCCGGAGGGUUCCCGAGGGAAAGGCCGGCGGGGCCAGAGGGGCCGAAAUCGGGGGUGCGUCUUAACUGCCGUGCAUCUGAAUGUCACCGACUUGGGUUUGGGCUACGAAACCAAGGAGGAACUCAUUUUCAGGUACUGCAGCGGCUCAUGCGAUGCAGCCGAGACAAUGUAUGACAAAAUAUUAAAAAACUUGUCCAAAAAUAGAAGGCUGGUGAGUGACAAAGUCGGGCAGGCGUGUUGCAGACCCCUCGCCUUCGAUGACGACCUGUCCUUUUUAGAUGAUAAUCUGGUUUACCAUAUUCUGAGAAAGCAUUCCGCUAAACGCUGUGGAUGUAUCUGACUCCCGCUCCAGAGACCGCUGUGUAUUGCAUUCCUGCCACAAAGUGCAAAGAA